UCAAAUAAUUUUAACAAUUGAAUUUGAAGUGUUUAUAUCUUCUUUUUUAUUUAAAAAAAAAAUAAAGUGAUAUAUUCAAUGAAGAAAUUAUUUAUAGUGACUUUAAUAUAGUCUUAAAGUCAAGCUUCAUGGACUUUUUGCAGAGUUGUAUAAGACCAAAAAGUCAGAACACAUCAGUCAUGUCGAAGGCAAAAGCUCAGCAACCGGCUGUGAUCCACAAAGUUAUUAUGGUUGGGAGUGGAGGUGUUGGGAAGUCAGCUCUCACAUUACAGUUCAUGUAUGAUGAGUUUGUUGAGGAUUAUGAACCAACGAAGGCAGACUCCUACAGAAAGAAGGUUGUUUUAGAUGGCGAGGAGGUACAGAUAGACAUUCUGGACACAGCAGGACAGGAGGACUAUGCUGCAAUCAGAGAUAAUUACUUCAGGAGUGGAGAAGGAUUUCUUUGUGUGUUCUCAAUCACAGAACAGGAAUCUUUUCAGGCUACUGCCGAAUUUAGGUAGGUUGAUAACAUACAA